AUGGCAUUAGAGACAAGCAGGCCGAUCAGCGCAUGUAAACCAACCAGUUGGCCAAAAACCCCACUACUGUGAGUGACAACAAUUUUUCCACCGCAGUUUUCGUUUCACUUCACCAACUUGUUAUACUUUGAGGGACUUCCUCUUCUUUCUGUGUCUUAAAUUUUUAAAUUAGAUUUCGCCUCUCUCAUGAAAAGAGCAAUGGCGAUGUAUGUUAAUGUUCAAAAUAUCAAUGCUUAAAGUUUAGGUAAGAUGGAGAAUACAGAUGCAAAUCAGCUUCCUGAAGUAGAUUCAUUGCCAGUUGGGUUCGUUGAUGGCUCCAAUGAACCUCUGGCUCCUCCAACUCCCACUUUAGAACAAGAGAAGCCUCGGUGUGAUUGCAAUGAGGAUAGUAUCUCAGAACUUGAUCAUUCAAAUGAAAGAAUACCUGAAUUGACAGCAAAUGAAUCUCAAACAAGCCUGGAGAGCAAUGGGAAGGCAGAAAAACUGAGACCACUUCCAAUUUCAAUGUCCGAAAUCAAUGGAUUUGAUGAUUCAGUGAAAUUAGUAGAAGUUACUGAUAAGGCUGAUGUGGAGCAGGCUGGAGAUAAAAUUGCCACACUCAAUUCUGCCAAUUUGGUUUCUGAGGCUUCAGUUGGGGUAUCUGGAUGCAAUGAGUUAAAAGAACAAGUUCAAGGGAAUUGUCAAAGUUCAGAAAGAUCCACUGAAGGAUGUUCAGAAAGCGUUGAGUUGCAGAAAGGAAAAAAACCAGAAACCGCUGAAGCCAAGCGUAAGAAUGCAAAAAGGUCUUUUAAAUCAGAAAAGGAGUUUCUGGAGUUCUCUUUGAAAUAUCAACAAGUUCUUACUGAGAGAGACACUGCAAUUGCCAUUCGUGAUAAACUCGAAUCACUCUGCAGAGAGUUGCAACGCCAGAAUAAAAUGUUGAUGGAAGAAUGCAAAAGGGUAUCUACAGAGGGGCAAAAUUUGAGAUUAGAUUUAUCUGCUAAGUUCCAAGAUGCAAUCAAGGAUGUGAGCAACAAGUUGGAUGAACAGAAGGAGGAAUGUUUCUCUCAGUUGAAAGAGAAUGAGAUGUUAAGAAACAAGCUGAAGCAACUAGCUGAUCAGUAUACCCUUUCUGAACAGCAAUAUGCUCAGAAGUUAAAACAGAAAACACUGGAACUUCAGCUUGCUGAUUUGAAGAUCAAGCAACAUGAAGAGAAACUAGUCCAGGAGCAGUCUCAGAUGAAAAUAUAUGCUGAACAGGUGUCUCAAUUAUUAGCAACUGAAAAGAAUUUGCGCUUGCAGCUAACAGCUGAUGGAGAAAAAUUCCAACAGUUCCAGGACGCAUUAUUAAAGAGCAAUGAGGUUUUUGAAACGUUUAAGCAAGAGAUUGAGAAGAUGGCAAAAUCAAUCAAGGAACUCAAGAAGGAAAACAUUUUCUUGAAGAGCAAAUCUGAGAAAUCAGAUGUUACUCUCAUCGAACUUGUUGAGGAGCGUGAGAAACUGAAAAAGCAAUUGGAGAAAACAAGGAAUCAAAAAAAAAAGUUGGAAUCUUUGUGUCGAUCACUUCAGGCAGAAAGAAGGCAGAAUUCGACCGGGAGCAACACUGCAGAAGCAGUUCCAACUUCGUAGAUGAUCAUUGAGAAUUUGAGACUAAGCUGUAUCGGUAGUGGAAUGGCUUUUAAAGUAUUCUUUCCACUUUUCUGUGUGCCAAUGGAAUUCACAACUACUAAAUUUGACUCUCUGAGCAUAAUUAUUUAAUGUUUCCCUGGUCAAAUUGUUAUCUCUUUUGUUUCUUGAUCAAAUGGAGAUAGAAUUGUAGAACUCCAGCUCUAUUUUCACUCAUUGGUUUGUGGAAGCUGAGGUGGCGUGUGAAUUUGAGCACUGAAUAAUUUAAGUGAUGAAAAAAUUUAAAUUGCAAAAUUAGUCAA